CUUCCCGUCUAUAAAUUAUUUCCCCCCUCCUCUUUCUUUCUUCGAUCUCCUCUCUCCUUCUUUCUCUCUCCGCUAGGGUUUUUUGGAAAUUUUCAAACUUUCCCCUCCAAAACCCCUAACGGACGACCAAACCCUAGAUUUUCCUUCUAUUUCUCGAUCUCUCUGCCACGAACCCUAGAUUCUCCCCCCCAUCUUCCAGGGCUCAAUUGAGCUCCAAGGCUUCGGUCCUCUUCGAUUUCCAGCCGCCGAUAUGCAUGGCGGAACCGAUUUGUCGCCGCGCUAACCAACGAUCGGGCGUGCUUUUGAGGUCUGAGAUCGCUGUUGAAGCUGGUGAAGGUCUGGAUUCGGGACCGAUGAUAGAUUAGUUGAAUAUGAGCGAUGGAGGCAGGGAGAGUGGAACGGACAACCAGACCAGCUCGAAGAAGAGUAAGGUAUCCGGAGGUGAUGAGUUUGGCCGUGCCAUUGCCAAGAUCGCCGUGACUCAGAUUUGCGGGUCGACUGGGUUCCACAGCUCCCAUCACUCUGCACUCGAUGCUCUCACAGAUGUGGCGAUCCGGUACAUAUCUGAUCUAGGCAAAGCUGCAAACUUUUAUGCUAAUUUGUCUGGGAGGACGAGUAGCAAUGUGUUUGAUGUCAUUCAGGGGCUGGAGGAUUUGGGUUUGCCGCAAGGGUUUUCUGGUGCAUCUGACGUAUACCGUUGCCUGGCAAGUUCAGGUGUUGUUCAAGAGAUCUGCCAGUUUGUGAGCACGUCGGUGGAGGUACCAUUUUCUCGGCCUGUUCCCAGAUUCCCAAUUGCUCGGACCCCCAAGCAAAUUCCUAGCUUUGCUCAUGUUGGGGAGGCUCCCGCAGGGAACCAUAUACCUGAUUGGCUGCCGGCAUUCCCUGAUCCACAUACUUAUAUCCGCACACCAGUUUGGAACGAGAGGGCUACAGAUCCCCGGGCAGAUAAAAUUGAACAAGCAAGGCAGCGGCGGAAGGCUGAGAGGUCUUUGCUAAGCUUACAGCAGCGGCUUGCUUGUAAUGCUACAGCUGGGUUUAUGCCUGCCAUUGCUGGUGAUGCUGGGAAGGGGAAGCAGAUUGUUACUAACAACCCUUUCCUCACCCCACCCUUGCCACAUGGGGAGAAAGAAGUAUCUGAAAUUGUUAUGCCGAAUGAGGAUGCUGAUGAGAAGAAGUUGUCAGUGCUCGAGACUUUUGCACCUGCCAUCGAGGCAGCAAAGAGAGAGUCUUUUCCUUCGUUGAUUAGCGAGGAAAGGGUUCUUCCCAGUGAAAGGCCCCAUUUCAAGUUUGGAAUUCACAAAAAAUCCAUAGUGGUGCCAUUGUCCUCGGAAACUCGGAAUGCUAAAAUGGAUUCCUGGUUCCUGAGGGAUGAUGAGAAGGAUGACAAGAAGCGGAGAGCAGAGAUGAUACUUAAAGGAGCUAUGGAAAACCCGCAGGAACUUGCUCAGUUGUAAAGUUACAUUGCAGAUGGGUUUUGCUGAUGUGGAGUUCUGUCACUUUGGCAUGGUGUAUCAAGAUGGGAGGAACUACGAUCUUAGGCUUCUGAUGGUUGGAUCCAUAUGAGAAACUUGAGGUCGCCUCUAUCUGAUACACCAUUGUUCAACUUGCGAAAAGCUCUUCCUCCUUAUAUGGGCUGAUUGGGAUUGAAGCUUCUCUAGCCAAAGUCAGAGAUCAAUAAAUAUGGCUUGAAUGUCUCAACAAGUUUCCCCUUUGGUAAGGACCACCAUAACAGAGCAGUAAUAUGGCAGCUGGAAUUAAUCUUUUCAAAUAUGCCAAGCAAGUUUAGAUAUGUCCCAACAAUGAAAAAGCCCCAGAUUGACCAGCUGUCAGGAUAAAUCACAUAAAAAGCUGCUUCCCUGCAUAAUUGUAACCAUGUAGCUUCGCCCACGUAUUUGUGGUUAAUUCUAUGGAUUCAUUACCAUAGUUCUGUUUAACAUCAAUCCUCCACCUUUUUCCAUCUGGAUUUGGGACCAGACCAGCAGCCGCAGCAUUUGCAGGAAUAUCUUAAGAGCAGAUGUUGGGAUGAUGGUGUCUGCAAGUGGGACCGUCUGUUCCAUGAUGGAUUGCAGAGAGCUGUUCCUCAUGUUGCAGGAGGUCUUUGGUGGAGGCUGACAGAACGGAUGCAGGAUCAUAGCCUCGGAGAUGUAAAAUGGCGUGGUCAAUUAAAGGAGCCUGGCACUUUAUGGCAAGACAAUAACGUCUUGGUAGGCUCAUGACUUAUCAUUAUGCAUCCAAUGUUGAAUCGUGGGCAAAUGCAUUCCAGUCAUUCAGGUUUUAAGGUCAUGGGCUGCAACCUGAUUCAAAUAUUUUUGGUUAUUACUGCAUGGACAUGAUUGAUUUAGUGGUGCAGUGAAUGGCUAUAAGGAAUUAGGAUGGAGUUAGUGCACUUGAUGAUGUGUUCGAGUGUUCUAGGUUUUUGGCACUAUUUUUUAACAUCUUAUCUGCACCAUUAUUUGUGGGACACGUGUACAUCAGACUGCUAACCUGAGUCAUUAGUGCUAAUGAGGAUUAUAGAAGUUUAACAUGUUUGCUUGUUCAUGUGGGGGAUAAGAAUGUCUGCUAUUUUUGGUUAUACAAGCAUGACGAUUGAAGGAGCCCUGCUGGAUAUAACAGUGGUUUAAUCUCUACUUUUUUUGCUGGCUUACUGUUUGGACACCAGAAAGCAUCUGCAAUUGGUUGUGUAUGCACUGUAAGAGGUUCUCCUUGCAACGUACAUCAAUGAUCAAGUUUUUGCAGUUCCAAGUGUAAAUCCAGCUUUACUGCGUUUCCAUCGUCCUGGUUAUGGUAUUAAUAUUCAGGAUACCAGUACAAUUGAAUUGUGGAGUUGAGUUAAUGGGAAUCUUUUCAUUAUGAAGCGGGUUAAUGUUUUGGCAGCGCUAUGCCUCUUCUGCUUUGUCAGUAACCUUGGAUCUUGAUGGUGGUCAUAAGGGUGGUGUGACAUUAUAUCUUAUAAACGUUAUAUAAAAAUAUGGCUUCUUCUUUAGUUAA